CGCACUGUGCAGCAACCUAACAGUGGUAUCAGAGCAUUGAAGGUCCUACAAAACAAAACAGCUAAGGUGAUCAUCUUAGCAGCAAAAGUCCAAAGAAUGGCAGCAAGUUCCAGCAUUACAACCUUCAAAUAUUCACCAGCCGGACUACCGAUUUUUGCAGGAGAAAAUUACCAAUUUUGGAGCACUCAAAUGAGAACCUUUUUCAUCUCAGAAGAUCUGUGGGAUUUGGUUGAAAAUAGCUAUGAAAGCUCUCAAAGCCAAGAAGAAUAUUCAGCAUGGUCAGAGGCACGGAAGGAGAAGUUGAAAGAACAUAAGAUGAAAGAUGCCAAAGCCUUGUACUACAUUCAACAAGCAAUCACAAAAACAAUUUUUCCGAGGAUAAUGGCUGCAACAAAAUCUAAAGAAGCAUGGGAGAUUUUGAAGAAUGAGUUUCAAGGAUCGGAGAAGGCGAUUGUUGCCAAACGUCAAACUCUUUGGAGAGAAUUUGACAAUUUGAUGAUGGAGGAAGGUGAGUCCAUCGAAAUUUUCUUUUCAAGAGUUUUUACCGUCAUUAAUCAACUGAAGGGUUGUGGUGGUAUAAUACGAGAUAAGAGAGCAGUAGAAAAAGUCUUGAGAAGCCUUCCCAUUAAAUACGAUCGUGUGGUUGCUGGCAUAAAAGAAUCAACAAAUUUAUCAACUCUUACUUUGCAUGAACUAAUGGGUUCCCUUCAAGUGGAUGAAGAAAGAAUGAAUAGAUUUUCUGAUCAGCCCUUUGAGCAAGCUUUUCUUUGUUCCAGCAUUACAACCUUCAAUUAUUCACCAGCCGCAGUGCCCAUUUUUGAAGGAGAAAAUUACCAUUUUUGGAGCACUCAAAUGAGAACCUUUUUCAUCUCAAAAGAUCUGUGGGAUUUGGUUGAAAAUAGCUACGAAAGCCUUCAAAGCCAAGAAGAAUAUUCAGCAUGGUCAGAGGCAAGGAAGGAGAAGUUGAAAGAACAUAAGAUGAAAGAUGCCAAAGCCUUGUACUACAUUCAACAAGCAAUCACAAUAACAAUUGCUCCGAGGAUAAUGGAUGCAACAAAAUCUAAAGAAGCAUGGGAGAUUUUGAAGAAUGAGUUUCAAGGAUCGGAUAAGGCGAUUGUUGCCAAACGUCAAACUCUUUGGAGAGAAUUUGACAAGUUGAUGAUGGAGGAAGGUGAGUCCAUUGAAAUUUUCUUUUCAAGAGUUUUUACCGUCAUUAAUCAAUUGAAGGGUUGUGGUGGUAUAAUACGAGAUAAGAGAGCAGUAGAAAAAGUCUUGAGAAGCCUUCCUGUUAAAUACGAUUGUGUGGUGGCUGGCAUAAAAGAAUCAACAAAUUUAUCAACUCUUACUUUACAUGAACUAAUGGGUUCCCUUCAAGUGGAUGAAGAAAGAGUGAAUAGAUAUUCUGAUCAGUUAUUGGAGCAAUCUUUUCAAACAAAGAUGAAUAUGCCAGAGAAAACGGAUGGAGGAAACAAGAAACAAAAUCAAGGCAGUCAAUUUCAGAGAGGCCAAUCCAAUCGUGGCCACGGAAGAGGAGGAAAAAUGCACACUCAACGGACUGCAAGAGAUAUAUCACAAUCUGAAUCUUGCUCCAAAUUUUGCAAGAAUACUAAUCAUGGAAGCAUGGACUGCUCUUUCAAAAAACUGACAAAAUUCAAGAAUAAUAACCAUCUUGAAAAAGAUAGUGGGUUUCGUAAAAAGGAUGAAGCUAACUUUUCAGAAAAGGGUGAAUCUUCAAACCAACAGUGCUAUCCUGACAUGAACAGUCAACAAGAACCACAAGACACGCGGGAUAUUGACAGCAGAUGCAGCAACCAUAUGAUGGGAAACAAGAGCAGCUUUGUUAGCUUGGAUGAUGGGAAGUUUCAGAACAUUAAAGGAAAGAGCACCAUUGCUGUGAAAACAAAGGGAGCCAUGGAAGCAUCGACUUCUUCUGAGGUUAACUUUCAGAUUCCAGCCAGUUCCAGCAUACCACUUUCUGUUCCAUCUGUAGUUGAAGGUGAAUCAGCCAUCUCAGGGUUUACAAG